UGCAGCCCGGCGGGCUCGCGGGACUCUCCGCGUGGUCCUAGCGCCUGCGGAGCGCGCGUCCGACUUCGCCGUCCGGGACUCGCGCUCCUUGCCUGCCCUGGGCUGCCCCGCGCCAGCGACCCCGCCCACCAUGCGGCGCGCGCCCGGGCUGGUCCUCCUCUCCUUGCUCGCCCUCUUCGGGCGAGGGGACAGCCGCCUGGCCAACGCUGAGGAGAAGCUAAUGGACGACCUGCUGAACAAAACGCGCUACAACAACCUCAUCCGCCCAGCCACCAGCUCCUCACAGCUCGUCUCCAUCCGCCUGCAGCUGUCCCUGGCCCAGCUCAUUAGCGUGAAUGAGCGAGAGCAGAUCAUGACCACCAACGUCUGGCUGAAGCAGUGCUGGACUGACUACCGCCUGGCCUGGAACAUCUCCCGCUACGAGGGCGUGAACAUCCUGAGGAUCCCGUCCAAGCGUGUCUGGUUGCCGGACAUCGUGCUCUACAACAAUGCCGACGGGACCUAUGAAGUGUCCGUCUACACCAACGUGGUGCUCCGCUCCAAUGGCAGCAUCGAGUGGGUGCCUCCUGCCAUCUACAAGAGUGCCUGCAAGAUCGAGGUGGGGCACUUCCCCUUUGACCAGCAGAACUGCACCCUCAAGUUCCGCUCCUGGACCUACGACCACACGGAGAUCGACAUGGUCCUGAUGUCUCCCACAGCCACCAUAGACGAUUUCACGCCCAGUGGCGAGUGGGACAUCGUGGCCCUCCCGGGGCGGAGGAUGGUGGACCCCCUGGACCCCACCUACGUGGACAUCACCUACGACUUCAUCAUCCGGCGCAAGCCGCUCUUCUACACCAUCAACCUCAUCGUGCCCUGUGUGCUCAUCACCUCGCUGGCCAUCCUCGUCUUCUACCUGCCGUCUGACUGCGGUGAGAAGAUGACACUGUGCAUCUCCGUGCUGCUGGCCCUCACCUUCUUCCUGCUGCUCAUCUCCAAGAUCGUGCCGCCCACUUCACUUGACGUGCCCCUCAUCGGCAAGUACCUCAUGUUCACCAUGGUGCUGGUCACCUUCUCCAUCGUCACCACCGUGUGUGUGCUCAACGUGCACCACCGCUCACCCAGCACGCACACCAUGGCGCCCUGGGUCAAGCGCUGCUUCCUGUACAAGCUACCCACCUUCCUCUUCAUGAGGCGCCUGGGCCUGGACAGUAGCUUGGCGGAGGCUCCCCAGCCCGGCCAGCCACACCCCACUAAGACUGAGGCCGCUGCUGGCUCCGCCAACCUCUACAGCAACUCCAUGUACUUUGUGAACCGUAGCCCGUCCACGCCCAAGUCCCCGGCUGGCUCCCACACCUCGGGCAUCACCAGGGAUUUCCGGCCAAGGUCCUCUGCAAAGUUCAGCCAGGAUGUGCGGGAAGCGUUGGAGGGGGUCAGCUUCAUUGCCCAGCACAUGGAGAGCGACGAUCGGGACCAGAGCGUCAUUGAGGAUUGGAAGUAUGUGGCUAUGGUGGUGGACCGGCUGUUCCUGUGGGUGUUCGUGUUUGUGUGCAUCCUGGGCACGGUGGGGCUCUUCCUGCCGCCCCUCUUCCAGGCCCACCUGCCUUCCGAGGGGCCCUAGGCUGCCUGCCCAGCAUGUCCAGGGCCCCCUUGCUAAUGGGGUGGGAUGACGUGUGCUACCAGACAGGCAGAGGGCUGCUUCCUCCUGGGUCACUGUGGAUGAGCUAAAUAGCCACGUGACCAUCAGCAAUUGAUACAAUCAAACCAGCCAUGGCCUUGAGAGGCACAGGAUGGGGGCCUGCACUGUCCUCUCCAAAUGCCUGAGUUUGAGCCCUGGUGGGGGAGCUUCAGACAGGAGAAUUCCUCCCAUGUCAGACUUGGGGGUGAUAUGAACAUACAGCAGCUCCUACUAUGUGCAUACUGGAAGCACCUACUAUGUGCCAGGCCUCUUCCUUCACCCAUAUCCACUGGGCUCUCUGCCUGCCUUCCAGCCCCAUGCACACUUUCAGUUCCUCUGCGGCUGAGAGCCUUUGCCACCUCCCCAACUUCCCCACACCUGUUCUGACCACACUUCCACAGCUUCAUUGGUCAGGGCUUGCUCCUGUGGUCCUCUGCUCUAAUGUCACCUCCUCCUAGAGGUCUUCCCUGCUCCCCCGUCCUAAAGCAGCCUCUCUCAUGACCACGUCACAGCCUCAAGCCCCUCAGGACCAGCAGUCCUUAUCUGGUGGCUCGCUUCUCACCCCUGGAGCGUGCACUCCAGAAAGCAGGGGCUUGAAACCAGGGACAGAGCCUGGAACCCAGCAGGUGCAAAAUAAAUGUGUGUUAAAAGAA